AUGCAGCGCGCAAUUCAGAUGAGGUACCCUCUGAUGGCCACUGACCUCAAGAAAUCUCAAUUGGCAAUGCUAAUCCAAAUCUUGAACUUACAGCAUUCCGUCCACUACACGCACGACAAUAUGGGACGACUCUUCGAAGUGCGCAGCGAGCUGAUCCACCACGCCAUCAGAAACCUCCCAUCCGAGCUUCGGAAGUCCACCUUGCUCCAAAUUCUCCCAAAUUCCGUGAUUCGCGCCGCGGAGCUGUGUCCCUCACACCAGGGAAUCAAUCCCUAUAUCGUUGCGAACAUUUGCAGCCUGAUCAGAAAAGAAGUCACCGAGCAUCUGGACGUCAUUGACUGGUACUCAGAUAAUCUCGACCAAAGCCAUGUCAGACUAGUCCGCGCGCUGCAAUCCAUGCAGGGCAUGUGGUCUCUGGUCCCGCUGGGCACUCGUCCUCCGCCGAUUGCACCGGCACCUUACCAGGAGAACAGAUGCGAAGCAUGUAUCUUGGCAAGGGUAGUCCAGGAGCCGAUGUUCCUGCAGAACCUGCGCGUCGCACUUAUCAGCCGGACUAGAACUAGAUCCAAACAUCGUGCGCCUAGGCUGUUGGCGUUCAUUGACCAAGCUAUCAACUAUUACGGGGAUCGCGCUCUACAGUACUGGCAUGCAAGCGGCCAAGCGGCAUUUGAUUUCAAGGCUGCCAGGAAAGCGGCGGUGAGAGCGUACAAGAAGCGCCCGCAGCGCAUUCAUCGCCGCGAGGACUACACCGAUCACCUGCGCAAGCAUCCAAAGAACAAAGGCAGGUCUAUCAGACUGGAGCCCGGACAGCGAGAGUCAGCUGGGUUCGCAGAGGCACCCGGCUAUGUGACAAGUCAACGUAGUAGUGAUGAUGAUGGUGAUGACAUGCAGUCCAUCGUCGUCUACAUGGACCACAGCAGCGCUGAGCAGCAAGGCUUAUACCGAAACGCCAGCCAAAGAGCGAGGGUGCACUCUCACCACGCCGAGAUCGUCAAUGAACGGGACACGGUCGCUGACGAGAUCAUCGCGACCUACGAGGCCUUCGGAGCCAGAGAUUGGGCGCCCCGUUCCACUACAAACCUGCCCGCUGGAGUGCCGCCUGUUCAUCCCCUAUCCGUCCCCGGGGCCGACCACUCGGUGAUCUCAGCGUCUCGCUACGAUGAGGACCACCCCAUGGGUGAACCGAGCUACAUGCCUCCGCGCAACAACUCUGACUGGCGGAGUGCCGGUAACGGAGCCGCCCUCGGCACCUUGGAAGCCCUGUCGAAGGAGAUCGGGGAAUUGGCGCUUGGAGGACCCCCGGGCGAGGACACCGAAGAGCUUGCGGACCGAUACUGCGAAUUGCUGAGCCCAGUGGCGUAUCACUCUGACUCAGAAUAUAGCGAGACAUCUUGGAUGGACGACCCGGUGCGUGAUGCGGGGCCGGGAGACACUACCUGGGACCUUGUGUGCAAAGAGAGCUAUUAA